AUGGUCAUGAGUGGGCUUGGGUGUGCGAUUGCCGUCGCUGUGGCGAAGCAGAUCGUCAGCAAGCUAUUUGUCGCCGGUGAAUACGCUGCGGCGGAAGUCACUCUGCAGUGGAGGUACAGAGAGCAGGUGCUGGAGAUGGGGGAGAAGAUGAAUGAUAUCGAGGCCGUGCUGGGCGAUGCCGACGAGAGGUCGCGUCGAGGAGGGGAAGCCGGAGGAGUGUUUCAGCGGUGGCUUAUGAAGUUUAAGCGUGUUGCCUACGACGUCGAGGACGUGCUGGAUGAGCUUGACGCCGAUGGGCUCAUCAGCAACACACAAUCCAAGGUCAACUUGUGGUUUUCCAGACACAAGCAACUCCUGCAGCGAAUAACCACGCCCCACAAGAUGAAGAAGGUGGUGAAGAAAAUAGACGAAAUUAAAAAGGAGGGCAGUAGGGAUCUCAAACUUGUGCCUCACUCAGCAAGGGGACAAGUGAGCAGAAACAAUGAAACUUUUGCAGCCAACUGGAAUGGUGAUGGCACCAAAACUGGAAUGGUGGGGAGGGGCGUCGAGAAGGAGAAGAUAAUCAACCUGCUACUCCCAAGUGAAGAAGCUAACCAGCAGGAUAUCCCCAUCAUUCCUGUUGUUGGCCUUGGUGGCGUAGGCAAGACAACAUUGGUUGAAUCAGUUCUUGCAGACAAGAGGGUCACUGUCUUUGAUGCCUCAGUCUGGGUUCAUGUGUCCAAGGAGUUUGAUUUGCAAAAAAUUGGGAGUACAAUCCUGAAAAGAAUGAUGAAUAGCAACAUCGACCUAGACAACUGUAAUCUGCAGUUUCUGUAUGAUAAUCUGAGCAAAGAACUUGCUACUAGAAGAUACCUGAUUGUUCUGGAUGAUCUCUGGGAAGAAGAUGGAGAUAAACUUGAAAGUUUGAAGCGGAUGUUGCAGCAUGGCCUCAAGGGUAGCAGGAUUAUAGUAACUACUCGAAGCCGAAGUGUAGUGCAAAAACUGCGCACUGGCUCUCUUGCAAAUAAGAGGAAAAUUUGCUCAGUUCCUGAUUCUGACAUACUAGAGUUGGGUGUUUUAGAACCUGGUGAGUGUUGGGAAUUAAUGAAGUAA